GCCAGCUUUCUUUUUUUAGGGUUUCAUGCCUUCAGACUUUACGCUUUAGGGUGACCUUUGUGACUUUGUUUCCAAGCCGAACGUGAAAGAGUUAAAAGCAGGUGUGGGCUUGCACAUCAGAGGAACCUGUUGAGCGGGCGUUUGUCUGGCCAGUGUGACGAGCAGCACAGACUCCACAGUCCGACGAGGUGUUUCGAGGCCAUACAGACAGUCGAAAAACUUCAAUAUGAGGAAAGCAGACACACCACUCUUUAAGCAGCAGUCUACCCCUUGCUUAGGGAGAGAAAUGCCCCGGCAGUUCCCCAAGAUCUCACUGAAUGAGAUGGAUGAGAAGGUGCGCCUGCUGGCAGAGAAGGUAUACGCCUCAGCCCUGAAGGAGGAAGGCACUAAGGAUGCCCUCUCCAUGUUCACCGUGCCAGAGGACUGUCCCAUCGGCCUGCAUGAGAACAGGGAGCGGGAGCUGCAGAAGGAGCUGGCUGAGCAGCAGUCUGAGGAGACGACUAAGAGGAAGAAGAAUUUUAAGAUGAAGCGUUCGCAGUCAGUGUCUUUGCAGAUACCUGUCAACGCUGACUGGGCUCUGGCUGUAGUUUCCCCUCUGCUCUCCCCUGCCACGCCAGAACCUUCUUUGCCAGAGAACAUGCCAGAGUUUCAGAGGGUUACCAUCAGCGGAGAUUACUGUGCAGGGAUCACAGUUGAGGAUUAUGAGCAGGCAGCCAAGAGCCUCCUGACAGCUCUGUUCAUCAGAGAGAAGUACUCCAGGCUGGCCUACCACCGCUUCCCCAGGACCACCGCCCGCUUCCUCCGCACCGCUGCAAACGAAAAGUGGAGGGAGGAGGACGAGAUCUUGCCAGACAUCUGCCCUUGCCCUCAUGAGGGAGAGGAUCCCUACUCCAUGGAGGGCAUUCCAGAGAACUUGAACUAUGAGCUGAAGAUGAAGGAUGGCAUAGUGUAUGUCUACGACAACGCCGAGGCCCUGAAACAGGAGCUCCCUCACAGCCUUCCUUACCCCGACCUGGAGACCUUUGCCAUUGACAUGAGCCAUGUCCUUGCCAUGAUAGCAGAUGGCCCAACGAAAACCUACUGCCAUAGACGGCUGAACUUCUUGGCCUCAAAAUUUUACCUUCAUGAGAUGUUGAAUGAAAUGGCAGAGCUCAAAGAGCUGAAGAGUGUCCCACACAGAGAUUUCUACAAUGUUAGAAAGGUGGACACACACAUCCAUGCUGCUGCCUGCAUGAACCAGAAGCAUCUGCUGAGGUUUAUCCAGGACACCUACCAGACAGAGGCGGACCGCGUGGUCCUGGAGAAGGGCGGAAAGAAGAUCACCCUCAAGCAAGUGUUCGACAACCUCGCUAUGGACCCCUACGACCUCACUGUGGACUCGCUGGACGUGCACGCUGGAAGGCAAACAUUUCAUCGGUUUGACAAGUUCAACUCCAAAUACAACCCUGUGGGAGCCAGUGAGCUGCGAGAGAUUUACUUGAAAACAGACAACUACAUCAAAGGGGAAUACUUUGCACGCCUCAUCAAGGAAGUGGCUCAUGAGCUGGAGGAGAGUAAGUACCAGCACGCAGAGCCUCGUCUGUCAAUCUAUGGCCGCUCUGCUGAUGAGUGGGAGAACCUGGCCACCUGGUUCAUCCAGCAUAAAGUCCACUCGCCCAACAUGCGCUGGAUGAUCCAAAUUCCCAGAAUCUAUGACAUUUUCAGGUCAAAGAAACUGAUACCGCACUUUGCCAAGAUGCUGGAGAACAUUUUCCUCCCUCUCUUUGAGGCCACAGUCAAUCCACAGAAGAACAAAGCAACACACGUAUUCUUAAAAUACGUGACGGGGUUCGACAGUGUGGACGAUGAGUCCAAACACAGCGAUCACAUGUUCUCCUACAAAAGCCCCAAGCCUGAGGAGUGGACCACAGAGGGCAACCCUCCUUACAGCUACUACCUGUUCCACAUGUACGCCAACAUCAUGGUGCUCAACAACCUGCGCAAGGAGCGAGGACUGAACACCUUCCAGUUUCGUCCUCACUGCGGUGAGGCCGGUUCCAUCACCCACCUGGUGUCAGCCUUCCUCACGGCAGACAACAUCUCCCACGGCCUCAACCUCAAGAAGAGUCCAGUGUUGCAGUACCUGUACUACCUGGCCCAGGUGCCCAUUGCCAUGUCCCCACUAAGCAACAACAGCCUGUUCCUCGAAUACUCCAAGAACCCACUGCGAGAGUUUCUCCACAAAGGCUUGUGUGUGUCGCUGUCCACUGACGACCCCAUGCAGUUCCACUACACCAAGGAGGCCCUGAUGGAGGAAUAUGCCAUUGCAGCCCAGCUGUGGAAGCUGAGCACCUGUGAUGUGUGUGAGAUAGCGAGGAACAGUGUGCUGCAGAGCGGCCUCUCUCAUCAGGAAAAGAAACACUUCAUUGGCUCCAACUACCUGCAGGACGGACCAGAGGGCAACGAUAUUCGGCGGACCAAUGUAGCUCAAAUCCGUUUGGCCUACCGCCACGAGACGCUGUGCAACGAGCUCAGUUUUCUGGUGGACGCGGUCAAAACCGAGGCUGGCUCCGCACCAGCUGAGUGAUUCACCAUGCCAAGAGGAACGGUUUCUGAAUACGUCCUGAGGGACAAAGGGACACUGGUUAGACAGCAAGCUAGAUUUCUCACACCUUCUUAUCAGUCCUCCUCACCCUGAUCUGAAAAGAGGCGUUGAGGUAUUUUAUGAGGACCUCGGUGUGGGAAUUUUGGAUUGGAACAUUUUAUAUGGUGUAAACUUGACCUUUGGAACCUAUUUUAUAGUGUGGAGGAACUUCUCCAAACACCCCAGACAUUUUGUGUUUCACUUUAACCCUGUAAACUUGUGAUCUCCACUACAAUUUAAAAUAAAGUACUGUGGGUCUCAACAAAGCAGUGACCCCUCUGGUGGGACCGACAGAGUUGAAGAAGUUAAGGUGAUAUGGGCCCAAUUUGCUAUAAUAGGCCUAGAUUAUCUAGGACUUGAUUUGGGAUUGCAUAUGUGAGAAAGCACUAGUCACCAAACCUGUCUUAGAAGUGACUCAUCCAGAGGCAGCAGAGGCUUGUUCAACCAGAGGCUGACAGAACAGAACUGUGUUCUCUAACACAGCGGGACGGGCACCACAACAUGCAAAUAAUGUCCAUCUAUGGUGAUUAUAUUUGGCCCCAUGGAGGGCUCUCUUAUCAGGUUAAAUGCUGAUUAUUUUGUGUGUGUCACUGGUGUGUUUGCAUGUUCCAAAGACUAAUUUGACUAAGUCUGGUUUGGUGAGGGCUUUGCUAUGAAAUGAGUAUCCAUCACAAGCCCCUUUAUUAGUUCAGACUUACAAAUUAUAUUAGAUAUUUAGAUAUACUUUAUUAGUGCCAAAAGGGAAAUUUGUCUUGGACAAGUCUAAUACAUCACAGUGAUUGUCUUAUUUUUAUCUUCUCCGCUCCCCUAUUUUCAUCGAGAGAGGGGAACAGGUUACAACAUUUUCUGGCAUUAAGGACCCUGCAAACUAUGUGCAAAAUAGACCACAGACCAAUCACUUGAGAGGACUGUGUCCUAAGGAAUCCCUUCUACAAAUAUUUUUGUUAGGUGGAAAGAAACCAAAAGUUAGUCAUAUAUUUAGUUGCCUGUUAGCAGAAUAUCUCAAUAACAUGUGUACAGAUGUCCAUCAACCUUUGUGGAUAGAGAAAAGUAGAGUAGAUUUGGGGGGUAAUCCUGAUCUGGAAUGAUUACUGUUUCAGCUCUAACUAUACAGCAGGAGUGUCCGACCAUAUGCCAUGAAGGGCCGAGAGGCUCCAGGUUUUCAUUUCAAAC